GAAGCCUCCGCGCACCGCCCCUCUCCUUUUUCCGGAAGAGAGGUUGGGGAUUCCUCGUGCAGAGGCGCUAGGAGGGAAGGCGGCGCUGUGAAAGCCAAGGCGCUUCGCGCAGGCCUCGGCUCCGCCCGGCGUAGCUGCGAUUCAUUCUUCCCGCUCCGUCUCAGAUUCUCGCUUUACAGGGGACGAGGGCAGCAGGCAGACUGGGCGAGAAGGGAGAGCCUUUUCCGAAGCUACCCACUUUUAGUGUGGGUGUUCUUUAAAUUUGGCUGAAAAAUCCAAAGCAGCCCGGUCAUCAUACCGAGGUCUAUAAAAACUACCAGACUGCCAGAAUGUCUGAAGUUGCAAAGGCUGCUGAUGUGUUAUCUGAAGUGAACCUCAGUGACGCAAGUACACCAUUAGAUGAGGAUAGUGAAGGCCUAAAGAAUCCUAAAGAUGUUGUGAUCACUAUUGGAGCUACUAUACCAACUGGAUUUGAGCUGACUGCUGCGGAUGAAGUACAAGAAAAAUUAGGAUCAAAAUCUAGAAUUAGCAAGGGCCGUGGGAAGAUCUACUUUGAAAUUCCGGUUAUAAAUCUUCCAAAGGUUCACCAGCUAAGAUCAGUUGAUAAUUUAUUUGUCGUUGUUCAAGAAUUCAAAGACUAUCAGUUUAAAGAAACUAAGGAAGAAGCUUUAAAGGAUUUAGAAGAUUUGGUUAAGGAUCUCCCUUGGACCAACUCUUUGGAAGUAUGGAAGUUAAAUUCAAGCCUUAAGAAAAGAAAAACUAGACGAAAUAAGGGCAACCAUCAGGGUCAUGCAAAGAAGGAGAAGCUAGAUAAGAACAAGAACCAAGAAGGAAAUGAAGAAUUGCAAACACUUGCACAAAAUGAUUUCAAAUCUGCUGAAGUCCCAGACCCAGAAAAUGCUGAUGAAAUAGUACCAUCGGAUGCUGACAAGCAGUCUGAACCCAGAGAAGAAUUAACAUCCAAUGGUGACAACAAAAAUGAAUCAGGUGAUGGUAAGAAACAGGAAAUGGAAGCUGAAACACUGAAGUUCCGCGUAACUUGCAAUAGAGCUGGUGAUAAUCACAACUUUAAAUCAGAUGAAGCAGCAAGAGAUUUUGGAGGAGCUGUACAGGACUUCUUUCAGUGGAAAGCAGAUAUGACUAAUUUCGAUAUAGAGGUUCUUCUCAAUAUCCACAAUAAUGAAGUGAUAGUAGGGAUUGCAUUAACAGAGGAGAGUCUUCAUAGAAGAAAUAUUACACAUUUUGGGCCCACAACUCUUCGUUCUACUCUUGCGUAUGGAAUGCUGAGAUUGUGUGAUCCACAGCCAGCCGAUGUAAUAAUUGAUCCUAUGUGCGGGACCGGUGCUAUACCAAUAGAGGGGGUUACUGUGUGGCCAAAUUGUUAUCAUAUUGCUGGGGAUAACCAUUUACAGGCUGUGAAGAAAACAGCAAAUAAUAUCUCCUCAUUAUUGAAGCAAAUUCAAAGUAAAGAAAGCACUUCUACAGGAAUACCCAUAGAUAGCAUCCAAUGGGAUAGCUGCAAUCUCCCCCUGAGGUCCAGCUCUGUGGAUGUCAUUGUAACAGAUCUGCCAUUUGGAAAAAGGAUGGGGUCCAAGAAGAAGAACUGGAAUCUCUACCCAUCUAGCCUUAUGGAGAUGGCCCGAAUUUGUAGGCCAAGGACUGGGAGAGCUGUACUGUUGACUGAAGAUAGGAAAUGCUUUGCCAAGGCGUUGUCAAAAAUGGGGCACCUGUGGGAAAAGUCUCAUACAAUAUGGGUGAAUGUUGGAGGCCUCUGUGCUGCUGUAUAUCUCUUGAAACGCACUUCAGAAAUAAUUGAGCAGAGAAGAUCAUAUUGGUAACAUUUUAGGCAGGCCUAGCACUCUUCCAUAAUCCAAUAGCUUUACUUGAGAUUCCAAAUUGGUGGGUGCUUCAGAAUUAAGUGGGUUCAGCAAAAUGAACUACUGAGUAAACAUACUGUGCCAAAUCCAACUUGAAGCUCUUGAAGGCACUUAAAUAGGAAAUUGUAGUAAGUUGAUAAACCUUGCAGUUUUACUGUCAGCCUGAAAAUGACAGUUACUGUGUCAAUUUAAGUGCAAAUCCUUUCAUAUUCAUAAGGGAAGCUACCAAUUUGGUGAAAAGGCUAAUAGUUUCAGAAGAGAUAUUUCAAAAUAUAGUGUUAGAAGAUUGUUUUAAUAUUGUUCAGUUUAGAGUAUCUUUAGGUAAGAAGGUGUAUAAUAUUUUGCCACUGGACAAUUGGUUCCAUUUUAUUUUGUUUGGCAUCUAAAAUAGAGGCAAUAAAGUUAGUAGUUUUACAAACUUUAUUGCCCAAAAUAGGAACAAUAAAGUUCACUGUGAUUUCAUUAGUGUUGUUUCCUUAUCUGCUGUCUCAGUGUAAGAAUUAAAUUGUUUGUUUUCUGUCAUAUGCUUGUUAUAGCUCUAGCUGAGAAGAUGUUGUAUGAAUCUUUAUACUUUUCUUUUGUCAUUGUUCAAAUUUCAGGCUAAAAAAAUGCAGUAAUAAACUUUAUAUGUAUUGUUGAUUGGAACUUGCAGGAUACAUGAGAAUAUUUAUCAGUUAAUUUUAACCUGAAAAUAAUAACUAAAGAAUGUACUUAGUAGCUGAAUGACAGUAACUUGUAAGGAUUCUCAAACAUGGUCCAAAUUAACAAGAUCUAUACAAUAAAUAUACAUCUUACCAUCAGUUUGUUAUUCCAUACUCUUGCAAAGCUUUCUUUGCAUCUCAUAUUAGAUGUUGAUAUUUUUUUCCUGUAUAUAAUAAAGUUUUUACAAGGAUUACUUGUCCUUUCUUUUCCAUACAUAUCAAAUCAACAAGCAGCUUCUUGUAAGGCAGUUUAUUUAGGUUUACUUGUUCAUAUUUUAGAUUUACUUAUUCAUAAUUAACACCAUAAUUCAGAGAAAAUCAGAAACCUGUUAUUCAUAUUUACAAUUACAUUAAUUUCUUUUAGUUUAUAACAGAGUUUAAAGCCUGUAUAUUCAGUCUCUUAAAUAUUAAAUAAAUUCUUGAACAAUAAAUAUAUUCUAAUGAAGCUUUCUUGAGAAAAGGAGACGUAGAAUCAAUUUUGAUUCUUGCUCUGCUCUAUUGUAAUCAACCUUUUAUAAAUGAAGAACUUACCUAAUUAAAUAUCUUUUGCAAGUGAAGAAUUUUGAAACCAGAUAUGAUUGGGCACUUCUUAAUUAGUGAUAUCUCAAUAGCUUAAUACGUGUAACUUUAAACCUAAUCCUUCUUCUUAGUUUUGAAUACUAUAAAGAGUAUUCCUGGCAUUUCCUAUAGAAAGUACAGCUACGGUAGUAUAAAUUUUGAACUAUCUUGUUCCUUCUAAAAAGAUUAAGGUAAGGAGCAUGUCUUUUAAGCAGUAUUGAGGCACCACUUUAUUAGAGGUAGGUAGCAAAGAAAAUACUUUUAGGAUCUAAAAUUAACUGAAAACAUAAGAGCUAAACCCUAACUGCUAAUGUGCUUAUAGCAUGAGUUUUGCUGUACAUUUAGAUACUUAUUAUUAUAUUUAUUGUAUAAUAAUAAAUAUUAUUUAUUAUUUUCUUUUGCCCCCUGAAGAAAAACCUUAAGAGAUAGCCUGGACUGGCAGUCAGUGGCAUCUGGAGCUUCUCCACUGCACUCAGGGAGCUUCCGUAACUAAAAGUGGGUUGAAUCUGGGAUUCCAAUGUCACAGGCACAUGCUAAAAGGUUGCCUUGAGUGCAUGUUCAUAUAGUAUUAUGCUUCAUACUCAACAAGGUGGCUCUUAAUAUUAUACAGCCUUCAGUGUUGUAAAAAGGGGCUCCUGUUUACGUAAGCAAGGUAAAGAAUUUCCUUGUAAAUGGUUAUCUCAACACUGUAAAAGGAAUGAGGUUUUUUGAUGUGAGCUUAAGUUAAACGUUUCUGAAAGUAAACUCAUCCAAUUCACUUCCUUGAUGUUAAAUUUUCAGUUAAGAAUUUUCUUGAAUUAUAAAAUGUUUCAAGAAUACACAGCUUGAGAAUAAAAAACCUUGAAAAGUUCCUUAUUUUGUUCAGCUUUCCUCAGCCCCAUGAUAAAUUUUCUCUGGAAAGACAUAAGCUUUUUUUUUUUUAAAGAAAUGGACUUAUAUCCUACGGUACCUUUCCUCCGGGAGCUCAAGGCAGGAGAAAUGGCUCUCCCUCCUCCAUCAUAAUUUAACGCUGCAUAUUCCAGUUGCUAUCAACUUUUAACCAUUAUUAAAACACUAUAUCGUUGUUGGGCAAGUUCACAUUGUCAUAACUUUAUAUUACACAAUCCAUGCAAUAUUAAAUGUUUAUUCUUAACCAUUAGCAAGGACAAUAACAGUGCAUGGCGUAAAACAGGUGUCAAACUGGCGGCCCCUGGGCCAAAUGUGUCAUGUGCAGCCCACGCCCACCCCAGCUCAAAGGCAAAAAAGUCACGAUAUGUCAUACAUUAUGUGAUACAUUCGAGUUUUACACUUGGGCCAUAAAAGAAGGAAAAGAUGGUUAAAGCGAAAGAAGUGACAUCAGAAGUUGUUACUGACUGGCCCUCUUCUGCAAUUACAUGAAAAAGCUCAUUUUGUACUGAAAGCUAUUUUUUAUAUUUAUAACAAUUUUUUAUUAGUUUUCCAUUUUACACCAAGGCUUGAGAACCAACGUGGAGAUAUGGUGAUCCAUUAAAAACAAUAACAUUGUAAAUAUAUACACAAUAUUUCUUAAAAUUUCCCUCUCUAUCUAUAUAGGAUAUUAUAAUCAAAUUAAUACAUUUCUCAAAUAAAUUCAUUAAUGUAUCUAAACGUAAGUUCCAUUAAUCAAUAAAAAAAAUUAACAGCCCAAUAUCUAUUCUAUACAAACCUAUAAUUUUUCACAUAAACUUAAACUAAAACUCUCCAUUUAUUUAAGAUAUUAUAAUCAGAUUAAUGUAUUUCUAAAAUCAAUUCAUUAAUAUAUCGCUACAUCUAAAACGCUUAAAUAUAAACGCUCUCUAAAUUAUUAAAAUCUCAUUGAUACUACUUCAAAACAAAUUUUCAUUAAAUAUAUUGCUGCAUGUAAAUUUCAUUAAUAAAAGUUUACAAAAAUUCAUUAUCUAUCCCAAAGAUCCUGUUUUACGCUUUAUUUUUUCAAAUAUUUAAUCUUAAACUAGCAUAUUUAUUUACUAUUCAGGUGCCCCAAAUAUUCUCUUAUUUUAAAAUAUUAAUUCCAAAGCUAAAUUCUUAUAUUUCUCACUUAUAUUCUUUUCUUUUUCAAUAAUUCUCUAAUUAUUAAUUCCAUCUCUUCCAGUAUUUCAAUCUUUUUCUCAUUAUAUCAUCUCUAAUAUUAAGAACAUGUAAAAAAAGAAAAGGAAAAAGAAAAAGCAAAGAAGAAAAGAAAAAAAAAUUAUACCAAAGAGAAAAAGACAUGGAUAAACCAAGAGAAAAAAA